AUGGCACCACCGGGCAUGGACGGACGAACCUACCACAACGGUGGUCACAACGCUACGCCGCGCCUCGACUGGCCGCAUUCCCAGAACCAGACCUUGUCCGCCGACCCGUCAUCCCGCAGCAUGGAACGAACUUCGAUUACGAACCUGCGCACCUCCCUCCGCUCUAACCACCCUUCGAAUCCUACGAUACGUGCCGUGACCCCCGAAUACCACCACCCCGACCUGUCGCCGGUUUCGCCUGCAAACACUGCCUUUGAUCCGCCCGUGCCUCUACAACUGCCCCCCCGCGGGCUCACACCCAGCUCCCCACAGACCUCACCAAGGUCAAUUCCUGGAGACUUCUCGAGGCGACAGGGCAUGGUGUUCAACGACACGUACGGCGACUCGUACGACAACUCGACCAGCCCACCUUCACGGCAAACGAGUAGCUUUCGUCCAAGAACGCACACGAUGGACGGUGCCCUGCGGCAGCAAUUCAUUAGUGCCACUUUGAGAGAUGGCCGCCAGCGCUUGGGGUCGUUCUCUUCCUCCGGAUCUCAGCCGCUGUAUGACGAUGCUCGCUCCCCGCCUCCGCAAAUUGAGUCUCAAGGUUUUCCAUCAGUGGUUCCCGCCCGCCAUUCCGAGAUCCCUCUGGGGGCCAGUACCAGUCUGAGGGAGAAGAAACUCUCGACGAAACGACUGAUUAAGCGCCAUUCUUCUCGCCCAACUUCUCCGCCGACAGCCUCGACCCCGUCUGUGGACUCAUUACCCAUCCCUGUACCCACCGAAAAUGCGAACAACAUCUUGCUCAUGAUGAAAAAUCUAUGCGGGCGCAUGAGAGGCGAAAUCGAGGUCCGGAGCGAACCUGCAGGAGCAUGGCGGGUCGGCAUUGCGUAUGUCGACGAAGAGAAGGGAAGCCUGAUGUUUGAUUCGGGCCAGGACGGUCCUUUCCACGUCCCACUGGUUUCCGAUCUGCGCGGCUGCCGGAUAGCACCAGUCGAAUUACCCGAAGGCAAAAGAUGCCUGGAAGUGUCGUGUCCCACCCAGCCCCCUUUAGACCUGCUGCUACGUCCUAUUUUGGCGGAAGAACGAGACCUCUGGCUUGCAGCUUUGCUAUGCUGGCAGCAGCUGAGACCCCCAAAGGUUAGGCUCUCGAGUGGCAAUCGGAGCCCGACUCCUACAUCCUUGCGUCCAGUUGUCAGGAGGCGCGGUUCAGAGAACGGGACAAAAACCACCAAUGCACUGAUCAAAGUCGGCCAAGUGAGGCUGUGGGACAAAGGAUUGGCAAGCUCGCCAAGGGCCAUUGUCAAAAGAUCCUCUACUCGGGAUCUGAGAUCGCCAACUACUUCUUGGCGACUCGUUUCGUGUCUCCUGCAAGAAAAUGGCGAGAUCAGGCUUACCACGAACGACGGCGAUGCAGUUAUCGCCGUGGUCGAGCUGUCUCAACUGUCCCGAUGUGCCAUUCAACAGCUCGACCGGUCAGUCCUUGAUGAGGAAUACUGCAUCGGCAUCUUCCCCCACUACUCCCCAAUAUCUACCCAAUUAUCCAUCUUCCGUCCAGUCUACAUCGCCCUCGAAAACCGGUUGCUGUUCGAGGUUUGGUUCGUCCUCCUCCGAGCAUUCGCAUUGCCCGACAUAUUCCGCUUAGAUCCUCAUUUAUCGGGAGGUGCGAUCGAAGUCACGGACCUAGAAUCGGAGCUUCCGGGCGAGAUCUUUAGGAUCGAGAAGACGAUCAGCUUGCGGGUGACGGAAGCCAAAUUGAAACCUAGGAAUAGCUCGCCCGACGCCGGCUUCGUCGACCGGCAGCCCAAAGACGCGGACCCUCUGGUCGGCAACUACCUGGCCGAGGUUAUAUUGGAUGGUGAGGUGCGCGCCCGAUCUACGGUCAAGGCCGGAACCAAGAACCCUUUCUGGAGAGAAGACUACCAGUUCUCGGAUCUUCCACCAGCCAUGCCGCUUCUUUCCAUCGUCCUGAAAAGGUUGGACGGAAACCUCGAAUGCCUUAACCACCAACUACAGGCAUCUCUCGGUUCAUCCAAAACGAGCGGCCUCACGGAGGUGCUCUGCGGGUCAGUUGACAUCCCUCUGGACCACGUCGAACCUGGAAAAGACUUUGAGAGAUGGCUCGACAUAUACGACGAACGGCAGCAAGUUAUGGGCACAAUGCUCGUAAAGCUUCAUCAUGAAGAGCUCGUCGUCCUCCACUCCAAGGAAUACCAGGCACUGUCAUCACUCCUUCACAGUUUUCCGUCUGGUGUUACUGCAAAGAUCGCCGAAGCACUUCCUGGUAACCUGCGGCGUCUGUCGGAGAUUUUCCUCAACAUAUUUCAAGUUUCUGGCCAUGCCAACGAAUGGCUCCAGACGCUAGUUGAGGAUGAGAUUGAUGGCAUUGGCAGCACCCAGAACCAGCUGAAGAAGUACCGGUUCAGCAGUCGCUUGAAGUCCAACGAGUCCAUGGAGUCGUCCAGCGACAGAGAGCAGAUCCUUCGCGAUAUGGGCAAGUCCCUUGCUGGGGAGGCCAAUUUGUUAUUCCGGGGCAACACUUUGUUGACGCAAGCCCUUGAGUUUCACAUGAGGCGCUCGGGCAAAGAGUACCUCGAGCAGAUGUUGCAGGCCAAGAUUGCUGAGAUCAAUGAGACCAAUCCCAACUGCGAGGUCGAUCCCAGCAAGCUCAAGCCUGGUGAAAACAUCCAGGAGCACUGGAAUCGGCUCAUUCAAUUGACCACCGAGGUCUGGCAAUGCAUCUGCAAGGAGCCCACCAAAUGCCCGCCGGAGCUUCGGUCUAUCCUCAAGUAUAUACGAGCCGUCGCCGAGGACCGCUACGGCGACUGGCUGCGCACUGUCACUUACACGAGCGUGUCGGGCUUUCUGUUUCUCCGCUUCAUCUGCCCUGCGAUUCUGAGCCCCAAACUCUUUGGUUUGUUGAGAGACCAUCCUCGCCCACGUGCGCAGCGGACGCUUACACUCGUUGCUAAGGCGCUCCAGGCACUUGGGAACCUUUCUACCUUUGGCAAGAAGGAAGAAUGGAUGGAGCCGAUGAACAAGUUCCUGGGCUCCAACCGGCAGUCAGUGAAGGAUUACAUUGACAUCAUCUGUUCAAUCCCUGUCGAGCGCAAUAAGGUCGCCCUGGGACCAUCCUACUCGACCCCCAUCGCGAUUCUCGGUAGGCUGUCACCGAUGGCUCGUGAAGGGUUUCCGGCGCUACCUCACCUGAUUGACCAUGCUUACAAUUUUGCUGCGCUCGUCAAGAUGUGGACUGAGGCCAACCCCAUUGGCAAUGGCGAGUUGGCCAAGCCUAUGACAGGCGAAGAGGAUAUUCUGAUAUUCAACGAAAUGUGUCUCGGCUUGCAGGAGCGCGCAGAUCUCUGCUACUCUAGGAUGGAUAGUUCUCUUCAUGAGACGGCGUCGCUCCCCACUUCCGAGUACGCCGAUGCGAUGGAACAUAACGCGGCUCUGUUGGAAUCCAUGAGUAUUUCAACAUAUCACACCGAAAACUCGGCGACAAACUCUGCGAACAAUUCGAUGGUCUGGGCUGAACAAGACCAAUACCAACCUCCUGGAUCAGCUGGCAGCGACAUAACGGUUGACGCUCCUUCGCGCAGAAGCCGUGAGCAUCGCCGUGGCCGGGAUUUCAACUCUUUGAGGCAAAUGUCUGGACACUCGGAAACUUCGUCCUCGCACUUGGCCACGCUGAAGCGUAACGGAAGGGCCACUCGCCAAAUUCUGUCCGGCAUCAUGAAGCCGUUCGCACGGAGCGACUCGCCUGAAUCAUCGCCAUCGACAUCGCGCGGCAAGAAUGUUGAGCGAUCUUGGAAUACUGGCUUCUAG